UGAUGUCAUUGGAAAAUCCUUAAAAGUCUUCCGGAGUAGGAUACACUGAUGUAUCCUUCAAUGGAAGCUUACUACAGGAGAAUUUUAAGCGGCUUCUUUCGUCUCCUACGGUAUUCGGACAGGCGGCAAGAUGGCGUCACGAAAUCAGUUUCCGGGUCACGGAGGAGAGGAGGAGGAUCGGUAGGAAAAAGGAGACACUUUUGGGGUUUCUGGACGCAGCCAGUGAGUGGAUGUGUUUUCUGUGACGCUCUGCUUUACACAGCGCGGGUUUAAAUGAGUGACAGAGGCGACAGUAAUAAUGAUAAAGUCAGUCAGCGCAGGGUGGUGUAUAUCUACAGUCCGGAGUAUGUGGAGACCUGCGACUCCCUGUCUAAAGUCCCUAACCGGGCGAGUAUGGUGCAUUCCUUGAUAGAAGCUUAUGGUUUAUUACAGUAUAUGAGGGUGGUUAAGCCUCAUAUGGCUUCAUUGGAGGAGAUGGCAGUAUUCCACACACACUCCUACCUGGAGCAUCUUCACCAGAUCAGCCAAAACGGGGACAAUGAUGACCCUCAGUCUGGUGAUUUUGGGCUGGGGUACGACUGUCCGAUAGUGGAGGGCAUAUUUGAUUAUGCGGCCGCUGUUGGUGGAGCCACUCUGACUGCUGCCCAGUGUCUGCUGGAUGGAAAGUGUGAAGUGGCCAUCAACUGGGCAGGAGGCUGGCAUCAUGCCAAGAAGGAUGAGGCGUCAGGCUUCUGCUAUGUGAAUGAUGCAGUUCUGGGCAUCCUUAAGCUUCGGGAGAAAUAUGAGAGAGUUCUCUAUGUGGAUGUGGACCUGCACCAUGGUGACGGUAAUCAUACCAGUGUGGAAGAUGCCUUCAGCUUCACUUCCAAAGUGAUGACUGUGUCUCUACACAAGUUCUCUCCUGGCUUCUUCCCAGGUACAGGAGAUGUAAGUGACACAGGGCUGGGGAAAGGACGCUGGUAUGCUGUCAACGUGCCUCUAGAGGAUGGCAUCAGAGAUGACCGUUACCUCCAGAUCUUCACUAGCGUCAUGCAGGAAGUGAAGGCGCUGUUUAACCCAGAAGCAGUCGUGAUGCAGUUGGGUGCUGACACCAUGGCCGGCGACCCUAUGUGCUCCUUCAACAUGACUCCGGUGGGGGUGAGCAAGUGCCUGAACCAUGUGCUGGAGUGGGAACUACCUACACUACUGUUAGGAGGAGGCGGUUAUAACCUUGCCAAUACUGCCCGCUGCUGGACCUAUCUGACAGGGACAUUGCUGGGACAGACCCUGUCCUCAGAGAUACCAGACCAUGAAUUUUUUACGGAAUAUGGUCCAGAUUAUUCCUUGGAGAUCAGCCCGAGUUGCCGACCCGACCGCAACGAGAGCCAGCAACUGGAGCGGGUCAUCAGCACCAUCAAAGGGAAUCUGAAGAAUGUGGUUUAGGAGUGGGCUCUAAGCUCAUGUUUCCAAAUCAGGCCCUGCGCUCCUAAUGAAGACAGUAUGUGGGAGCCAUCGCCAGAGGGGAGCUUUGGAAAACAUUACUUGAAUGUUUCCAAGGAUUUUUUUUUGAUGGGAAAACGAGUGGGCCUGCGUUACCCCGUUUGAGAGUUUCGACUUGAAGGGGGUCAGAGGGCGAACGGUCAGAAACUCAAAGGAGUUUUUAUUAUUGUGUUUUUUUUCUUUACUUCCUUUCCUUCAUGGCCUUUCUUAGAUGGGUAAAAAAAAGGCCUUAAACUUAAACACAUCUAAGCUAUAGUAUGUCACAACUUUCUUUUUUUAUUUUUAUACUUGGUUAUUUUAAUAUUGUAACCACUAUUCAUUUUUUUAUUAUUUGCCACUUGUUGUCCUUUUUAUAGACACACUGGAGAAAUGCAGUCCAGCAUGGAGUAAGUGCUUGGUGUAUUGCUUUGUCUUCAGGGAUAUGACCCCAUUUAAUGUUAUGCAGCUACACGUUCCCUGGGGUAAACCGGUCACUGUCUUACUGGAAUUGCCAGCUCAUACACUCAAGCUCAUAUAUACAUGUUCAGCAAACACUGCACCAGCCAAACAUGCUUAUGGAAAGUGGAAGAACAGCUCCAAGGCACUGCCGCAAUGAUCCUAGCAUAGUUGAUUUAAAUCCUCACUAUCAGCAGCCGGAGUCAGAGCGAGCACAAUUGGCUUUGCUUUUUCAGGGGUGGGUAGAUGGCACUCUAUCCCCACAUUACUCCUAGUGUGAUGUUGGUCAGAACAGCUCUCUGUCUGUCAGCUUAUGUAUUUGACUACCCAGUAAUGCUGCAUUAGUAAUAGUUAAAACAAAAAAAAAUGGCGAUGGCUGACUUUACAUGUGUUGGUGUAGGCAUUUGGUAGUCUUCACACUUCUAUUGAUGGGGGAGAUCUAAUGAGAGAGGGUGGGGUAAUUAGCCUUCCAUAUUUGGAAGGGGUUGAUAAAAGAAGACCCACAUAAAAGAAGACCCACAUGACUCACAUUAACAAAUACUGUAACCUUCAUUUGUUUAUAUCUCCACCUGCAUUAAUAGCCUGUGUCAUCAUUUUACGAUGUUGACAAAGACAAAUUCCUUGGAGCAAAAUGACCAAAUAACAGUUUUAACAGUUUCAAGCCACCAUCUAAAGGAACAAGCAGUUCUGUAUGAUAUAAAUGUAUUGUUUUUUUUUGUUCUGGCCUCUGUUUGUUGGAGCAAAACAGUUUUCUCUGUGAAUUUUUGACAUUUCACUGUAAAUAUUGCAUUGUUAAUAAAAUUCAAAAGCCAA